AUGGCACACGUAACCUAUUCCGAAGGCAUUUCAAUCCUUCAGUUGAUCGUGUUCCCAUUUCUUCUCGCGUGUUCCAUCUACAUCUGGAAACGAACAGGAUGGAGAGCCGGUGGUCAUACCUGGCGAUUCGCUGUCAUCCUAUCUUUGCUCCGUGUGGUCGGCAGCAUAUGCACAUUGGCCCAGCUCAGUUUCACUUCGACCAAUCUAAGAACUGCAGCAACAGUAUGCAAUUUAAUCGGUAUCGCGCCACAGUCCCUGAUGUAUAUGGGACUGUUGCAACAAAUUGAUGUGGAAUACCGAAUCCCUCCCAAACCCCUGCAAUCCUUGUCCCUUAUAUCAUUGAUCGCCCUCAUCAUCGCGAUCGUGGGAGUGGAUAAGACAGAAAAGUCCGGCAGCAUCAAUGCACUCCUCAAGGCAGCCAUGAUCAUCUUUCUCAUCGUCUUUGCCGCCAUCCUGGCGGCCACUGCUUGGCUGUUCAAUGAGACAAAAGGCACCCUGAAAAGAUUCCAGAAAAAGCUGUUCAUCGGAAUCGCUCUGUCUGCUCCCUUUUAUACCGUGCGUCUGAUCUUUGCGGCGAUCGCCGAUCUGGGCCAUUAUGAGAUCUUCCAGUCGUCCCUCAGUAGCAACCCUACCGACAGCAGUCUCACACUCUCGUUGUGCAUGUCUGUGCUGGAAGAGAUGAUUGCUCUGACAAUUGCCGUGGCCUUUGGUUGGUCUGCCAUGCUCGAGCGAGACUUCGUUAUCCCGGGAGCGGCAGUCCCUGGAAAUUUUGAACAGGAGCAGAAGGUUGAGGGUGUAUGA